GCGUGCAGAUAUUCUCUGUCCCUUACACCAUUCACAUCACAUUAGAUUUGUAAAGAGCAGAUGGGAGGGGUUUGUGAGCGGCUGACCUAGAAUCAUAUCAGAGAAUCCCCUGAUCUGUCCAUAGGCAGACAGAGCUCAGAAAACACAAAAUAAAGAGAUGUGGAGCAGAUGAGAUGGAGGUGGAGGGCCAAGGAAACAUAGCAGGAGGAGGAGGAGAAGAGUCUGAAGUCCAAUCAGUAAUAUCAUCUGUGACAGAUGAUAAAGUGGAUGAGCUGGAGGACAGUGCAGCUAAAACCAAGUGUGAUUCAGUGAAUGAACAUGGUGAAGAUGAACACCCAGAGCAGAAUGAUACAAGCACAGUAGGAGACUCUGAAAUCAAGCCUGUGCCACCUGCAACAAGUGAAAAAGACUUUGACCCUUCAACAGGAGAGGCUGAUGAAGUCAAAGACACUGAAAGCAUCACCAAUGUCAGUGACCAGUCUGAAGAGGAGAGUGAAACACUGAAGGACACAAGUCCAUCAUCUCAGAGUGUUUCUACAGAUCUUAAAGAAUUGGUGCCUGAACUCACACUUGUGUUAAUUGGUGACACAAAUUCAAUUGAGAUUGGAUCAAAAAACAUCUUACUUGACCAUGAUGAUCAAAAACACGUGGAACAGUUUUCAUCCAAACUGUAUGAUUUGUGUGGUCGGCACAUCUCUGUCAUUAACAUGCUUGGUCGACAAAACACUGACAAACUCCCUUUAAAUCAGGGAGUUCAUGCCUUUAUCUUACUGUUACCAAAUGGUCUGCAUGACAGCCAUUACAGUUCAGGAGUGCAGUGGUUAGAAAAAACUUUUGGGAGAAGAUCACUUGAUUAUUUAAUGACAGUUGUGACUCAUGAUUCAGAUGAAGGAUGUGACAGUGCACUGACAGACCUGAAAGCCAACAGCAGCUUUACUGAAAAAAGAUUCCACACAUGUACAAAAAGUAUUACGGAUGAAAAUGAAAUAAUAGCUCUGUUGGGAAAACUAGAUGCCAUGGUCUCUGAAAAUGAUCCACACUGCUACAGUGGACUGAUGUGUGAUGAAAAUAAAGGGCAGACAGAAGACCUGGACCACAAAUCAAACAAAGAAGAAAAGACUGAUUCCUCAGUGCUUCAGCAAAAUCAGACAGAUGAUCUGGGGAAGAGUCCGUCUAAAAUGAAACUGAAGUGUGAUCCAGUGAAUGAACCUGUUGAUGCUGUGUACUCAACAAAUGAUGACAGCACAACAGUUAAAGGUACAGCAGAUGUGGUUACACAUGGAAACAAGGAUCAGGCUGAAAAAUCACCAAAUUCUGAGAAGAUUACUGAAGAUAUCAACAGGAAUAAACAAUGGAAAGAAGAGACUGAAACACUGCUCAGCAGACUUCACCUUCAAGACAAACAUCAACAGAAGUUGACAUCGGGAGAUUUUCUUAAAAUAUGUCCAUUUGUGAAACAGGACCAUGUCACUUCUGAAGAACAUCUAGUAAAUACCUUUCUUCAUAGGCUGAUGAUGUUAGACUACAGAGCCAGAUAUAUUCCUGUAAAACAAGACAGUCCUGAGGUAACCCAUUCAAAACCCGUUCCAGUGUUUUAUGGCGCUGACACAGAAGACACUGACUUAGAUUUUUUUUUGAGCACCAGUGAAGAUGCUGAUCAGACAAAACAGACUCAUGUGCAUCCAAUGGACGUUCAGAUGGCAGUAUUUCACUGCUCAGACAGCUUCCUGAAGCAGAACAUGAUGACAAAGCUAUCACAGUGUCAGUAUGCUUUACCUUUGCUUGUUCCUGACCCAGUCACUCUGGAUGUUGAGUGUCCUCUGUGGACAUUCAGACAAGUAAGAAAAAGCUGGAAGAUACCUCAAAUCAAAGAUAAUUCAGACAUUGUCACCAUGAAAAAUAUGCCUAUUUGCAAGGCUGAGACACCCAUGGUGUCAUUUUUCCGCCUGGGUUCACCAUCAGUGUCUAAAUCUCAGCUGAUGAACACUUUGAUCAAUGACCGUCACAGCACCUUCUUCCACAGAAACUGCCCAGGUAGCACCAAGUCUCGCCAUUUGAUGGAUGGUGUGGCAGAGAUUGCCUGGUACUGUCCUGCUGGAAAACCCAAUGAUGCCUUCACUGACUGCAUCGCCUUCUGUAAUCUUCACGGUGAUGCUCUGUUGACUGAAAAACAGCGUGACAUACUGAUCGAAAAAUCUUCAAUCAAUGUUGUUCUUGUCCCAACUCUGGAGAAAGGUGACAAAAGCUGGCCAAUAAUAGAAGCUCUUUAUAAAUCUCAAAAACCUCUCAUUAUUCUCAUUACUGAUAAUAACUGUGGUAAAGAUCAGAAUAAACAUGGAAAAUACAAAAUGGGUCUAAAAGACAGAAGCCAGUCAGAUGUUUCUGAGGAACUGAAAAGAAUCAUUGGACAGAUUUUGUCUGGACCGCACACAUCCUUCCAGCUUGAAACCAUGGCUGAGGUCUCUGGAAUCAGAGUGGAUGAAGAUGACUCGGCCUGCCAAAAAGGGAAAGAGGCUGCAAUGAAAAUAGUGAAUUUGCUUCAAAAAAUGGACGUUUCAAAGAUCAAAGAUAAAUUCCUCCCUUGUCAAGGUCAACUGUGGCAUGAGUGGUGCAGGACAAACAAACAACUGUAUCACCUCAAAGGACACAUUGAGAAGGAGAAAAGUAAAAAGCAACAGGAACUGAAGAAAAUACGACAAGAUCAAUGCACUGCUUCCUGUAGUGAACUGAUGAAGUUGUUCAUUGAAAGCCUCUCAUCUUUGCCAUCAACAGAAAAAGAGCAUUUCCUGAGAUGGACUCAGAUCUUAGUAGAUGCCCUCUCCACAGACGAUCUUUCUUUAAUUCUGCAAAACUACGAUGAAAACUGGUCUGAGGUCUUGGCUCUGAAGAAGAAACAUGACAAAUCUGAUCAGUUAAAACGCAAACAAACUGAACUUGAAGAAAUCUCAACAAAACUGCAGUCAGCCACUUUUGGCUUAGAGCACAUCUUUAGAGAAAUGGGACAAAUCUAUGAAGCCCAUAAAUCUCUGCAGAAACAAACAAACAUUGAACAGACUGACUGGUCUAAAUACCCUGAGCUGGCUGCAGAGCUGAUGAUAUCAGGACACCCGAUGGAGCUGAUGGAUGGUGAUGCAGGUCAUGUGCCUUUAACAUGGAUCUCUGGUCUUUUAGAUGAAGUCAUCAGGAAACUGGGUGAUCAGAGAGUUUUUGUGUUGUCAGUUUUGGGCGUACAAAGCAGUGGAAAAUCAACGAUGCUGAAUGCCAUGUUUGGGUUACAGUUUGCAGUGAGUGCUGGCAGGUGCACCAGGGGUGCCUUCAUGCAGCUGGUCAAAGUGUCAGAGGACAUGAAGAAAGACUUUCAGUUUGACUAUGUUCUAGUGGUGGACACUGAGGGACUGCGUGCUCUUGAGUUGGCAGGUAACACCACUCUUCACCACGACAAUGAACUGGCAACAUUUGUUGUUGGUCUGGGAAACAUGACAUUGAUCAACAUCUUUGGAGAGAAUCCAGCUGAGAUGCAAGACAUUCUGCAGAUUGUUGUUCAGGCUUUCAUGAGGAUGAAGAAAGUUCAACUUUCUCCAAGUUGUGUGUUUGUUCAUCAGAAUGUCACAGAUAUUGCAGCUGCAGAGAAAAACAUGGAUGGAAAGAGACGCCUGCAAGAAAAACUGGACCAGAUGACUCAACUAGCUGCCAAAGAAGAGGUGUGUGAUGCAGAGUGUUUCAGUGACAUCAUUGCAUUUGAUGUGCAAAAAGAUGUUAAAAUACUUUGCCCAGCUAUGGGAGGGAAGUCCACCUAUGGCUCCACCAAACCCAGGUUAUAGUGAGAGUGUCCAAGAGCUGAAGAACACUAUCCUCUCUAGAGCUUCACAGUCUGCUGGGAUGACUCUGUCACAGUUCAAAAGCAAAAUUCAGGACCUGUGGAACGCCCUGAUGAAUGAACAUUUUGUUUUCAGUUUCAAAAACAC